CAGUGCGGUAGCAGUGCAGCGGUUACAGUGAUCUUUACAUGUGAGAAAGUACCCAUCAUCAUGACAGACAAAACAGCUGCUUUGCAAUCUAGAACCACUCUACAACAAUGCCUUCAUGCCAGGCUUCAAGUCAAACCUCCCGAUGAGCAGUCGGAGGCAGAGUGGGUAGAGAUUGACCGCGGUAUGGUUAUUUAUAUCUGUUUCUUCAAAGGAGCUACUGAAGAUAUAAUUCCAAAAAUGGUGACCGCCCUCCUUAACAUCAAGCUGUGUGAAACCGACUCAGGGAAGUAUGUGUCAGUGCUGGACCUGCCAGGUAGUGUCCUAAUCAUCCCUCAAGCUACUCUGGGAGGUAAAGUCAAAGGCAAGGUAAUGCAGUACCAUGGCAACAUUGGGAAAGAAGAGGGACAGAAGCUCUAUGCUCAGUUUGUCUCCCAGUGUGAGAAGGAGAUUGCUGCGUCCAGUAAAUGUUGUGAGGCUGGAGUUGUGGUUAGACAUGGAACUUAUGGAAACAGACAAGUGCUUAAACUGGACACAAAUGGACCGUAUACUCAUUUAAUGGAGUUUUGAGGUUUCUUUUUCUUUUUUUUACCUUUUUUUUGCUGGGUGAAUCGUGCCUACCACAUUUUGUAUAAUUAUGAAAUACUGUACAUUUAUCAUAAAGUAAAACUAUGCUUGUGUGAACUGACUUGUAAAACUUGCUUCAUGUGUUAAGUAGGCUUGAUCUUUCUUGAGGUGUAGGCUUUUGUACAAUUACUAGGUUACUACUAGUCAGUCAGAAAAAAUAACAGCUCAGGUCGAGUGGAGGUUUCUCUGGUUGACUAUGUCUGGUUACUGUCACUUCUGAUCUCAAUCCCUCUCCUUCCUCCCUGACACAAACGUGUAGAGUACAACUUUUCAUCUGUUCAGUGACCCUGAGCAGACAGUUUACCAGCUCUCAGACCUUUCUGAUAGGCCUACAAAUACAUAAGAAACUGCCCAAUAUUUCAGUGCAGGUAAUGAUAAUAAUUAUAACAGGCAAUAAAACACAUUUUAUACAUCAUGAAAGACGGUCAGUCAAUACUGGUCAGUGAACCAGUUAGGGCCUACUACUGUAUUAUGAAUAUUUGAUCAAUGACAUAUUAGACAUAUUAAUGUUAAUCUUUUGUCAUGUCAUUACAUUACAAAUUAUUUCCAAACCCAGUGGGGAUGAAGGGAAGAGUAGUUGAUUAGGAUGGUUUAAGCAGUACAACAUAAGGCCACUAGAGGGCACUGCCAUUGCAACACUUGACAGUUCAUACAGGUUCAAAUGACCACAGCAAAGGAGAAAAAUCUUGUCCCCAACCCCUCAUUUCAAUCCUAUAUCCAUUACCAAACAUUGUGAUACAUUAUACAUCAGACAGUCAGUCAUCUCAGCUGGUAAUCCGUCUCUGUUGAAGGCUGUGCUAGGCUUGCAGUUUGCCAGUGGGUCGUUUCUCUGUGCUAAAGAGGGCGAGAUUUAACACUCAGCAAAAGAGUGGGGUGAUGCUUCACCAUGUUUAAUUUAUGAGCCUAAGCCUUAGCCUAGGAGGACAGAGAGGAAGGGGAUAAAAAUGGUGGGAAAGUGCAGCAUGAACACAGGCGUGUGUGUGUGGUUUGAAUGUGAGAGAGACUGUAGGUUUGUGUGCGUGCGUGUGUGUGUGCAUGCAAGUGUGUGUGUGUGUGUGUGUGUGUGUGUGUGUGUGUGUGUGUGUGUGUGUGUGUGCGUGUGUGUGUGCGUGUGUGUGCGCGUGUGUGUGCGCGUGUGUGUGCGCGUGUGUGUGCGCGUGUGUGUGCGUGUGUGUGUGCGUGUGUGUGCACUGAUGAUUGUCAUGUCUGGGUGGGACACUUCCAGAGCAUCAUUGUGACUCAGCACUAUCUGACCAUUUGAGGGACACAGAAAUCAGCCUCAGCACUGAACAAAUACUGCAAGUCCACCAGACACAUUUUCUUAAGCUUGCAUGGAGCUGAAUGCAAAGAAGCUCUUCAGGCUGUCAAAUGUAGGGAAUGUAAUUCCCUUUGUUCUCAAGAUAGGACAAAGAUGGAAAUAAAAAAACACCUAAUGGUCCAUGUUUCAACUCUCCACUGGCCAUUUACUUCUAUAUUGGAGUGAAUCUUGUUGAUAAAAGGAUCAGAAUAAACAUCAGAGUAGUAUUAUUUCCCCAAAUGUAGUAUUAAACCCCAAGCAACAUAUUUCCCAAUUCUGUAAUUUGUUUGGGAGGCAUGAAAUAGCACUUGCGUUUGAGCAAUAAGCGAUUAUGGUCAGGCUUUUGAAAUAACAGUCCCUGCAAACUAAACUACAGACUGGCAAUUGUAGAGCCAAGCUGCAGCUCAGAUUCUUUUGCACGAGCCAAAGCCAACUUUAAAAGACUUGAAUUCCUCUCGAAAUGAAGGGUUUGUUUUUCAGUGUUAGUCUGUUUGCUUUUCUCAGAUCAUCAGUAAGUCCCUGACACGAAUCGAUUUUGGGUUUUAAAGUGAGACUUUGUUAACACUGCGGCAUGAAGGCUUUGGGAUGUAAUAUCACUUUUGACUUCAUUUCAGUGGGUGCUAAGUGGCUAUUCAAAUUCCUGAGCAUGUUUGCUAAUGUGUUUGUAUAUCCUCACUGCAACAUCCAUAUUCUCUCAUACCUACAAUGUAUGUAAUGCUCAGUGUACUCAGUUUAUAAAUCGUGAAAUAAAUGGUGUUGGAUUUUGGACAGAC